CCAGAUUUGUGAAAUACAAACUGGACGCAACCCCCCGUCUGUACCUCACCUUCACUACUCACCUUCCAUACACCCAACUGACAACUGACAACUGGUAUAAAACUUGUUUGUGCAUUUUCCCGCCCUUUCUAUGUUUGGGUGUCAAGUCUAUUCCAAUAUCCAGUUCAUGAUUUUCGUUUCUUUUGUGGUGUCCGUGGCAUUUUAGGCACAUUGCCUGAAUGAUUUAGGUGUGACAACUAUCUUUAUUUGUGAUUUGAGAUGAGAGAAAUUGUUUUUUUGCGGCAAUACAAACCUAAAGACCUGCUUGGUUUUGAUGCCGUUGAACAUCCAUCAUGGCGGUACGACGACAACGGACAAAGCUAUAACAGCAGGUCAAAUAUUACUGUUAGAGAAAUGAUUAUGGAAAUAUUACACUGCCACGAGACGUGGAAGAGGAUGAUGUCGAAUUGUAGCUCAAAUGUGACUGAAAAAGUAAAGGAUUCUUUCGUCACAGAAUAUGUUUAUCAUGUGAACAAGGAAGAAGGCCAUGGCUGCCAAACUCGUGAGGAAACAGAAACGGCACUGAAGAAUCCCGACUACUUUGCCAGGUCGCACUUAAUUAAGAUGCAGGAGACUAUUAAUGUGCGUAAUGCAUACCAGCAUCUGAUAAGGAAAGUAACUGAGGAAGAAAAUUCAGAGGAUUAUGGACUUUUGGAGGUGAGUUUAUUACAAGAAACACAUAAGAUAAUUUUGCAGGAUCUGCCAUUACCAGCAAAGAACUCUACCAGACCUGGACAAUUCAGUCAAAAUAGGCGAUAUGCGACGUUUAAAGGUGAAACACAUGAAUAUCCUUGCCCCGAGAAUAUGGAAAAAACAGUACAGACUCUCAUUGACAGUUUACAAUUUAUGGACAGACUCAAGCAAGGAUGAUUACAGAAAAGCAUUGAUAGAGGAUAGGAAAACGAAGCAUCAACAUCCAUGUAGAGUAGUGACAAUGAUCAUUGAGUGUUCCUGGAGAGGAUGGACAAAGUUCAUAAAGGGAUAUUAAUAGUAAACGAACAAUGAUAAAGAAUUGAGCAAUUUAUCAUUGAAAUUUUGCAGGUCAUCAGACAUUUCAAAUAAAUGACAAUUAUGUAUAACUAUUGUACUUUGAUACAUUUUGUACAUUAUUUUUUUUUUUUUGUUAUUAUAACCCUUAACAUCAAUAUUUAAAAUCUAACAUCUUAUUCACCUGUAUAUUUGUAAUUAUGCAUAAGUAAUCUGUACUUAUGAUUUCAUCACACGACAUUGUAUAUAUAUUAUCUUGUAUUAAUGUAAAUUUCUUAUUUGCUUUGCACUGAGGAUGGUAUAAAGUAGGCUGCAACAUGUUUACUCUCAAAAA